AUGGAAUCUAAUGAAUAUAAAAUAACUAAUAAAUCUAAUGAUUCAAUGGAUUCUAAUGAAACCAUAGAUCAUAAGGAUUCUAGUGAACUCAUAGAUCACAAGGAAUCUAAAGAAACUAAUUUGGAUUUACUUAUUAAAAUAAUUGAUAGAGAUAAAUAUUAUAAGAGAAAAAGAGAAGAUACAUUUGAAGAAAGUAAUUUUACUAAUAUCUUGAUUGACAGUGAUGAAGAGGGUGAAAUUGAAUUGGAAACUAAAGGUUCAUUACUUCAUAAAGACAUUUUCAAUACAUUUAAUGAAGAUUAUGAAACAUAUUUAAGUUCAAAUAGUGAUUUGGAGUCAGAAAUCUUAUUUGAUCAUCCACUUUUUUCUUCAUAUAAACUUAAAAAUGUUACACCUUUAGUUAAAUAUUUAUUAAGUUUAAGAGAAGUUCCUAAUCCCUUAACUAAUCAUUUUGAAUAUCAUAUUAAUACUUUAAUAUCCAAGAGAAUUAAUACCUUGUUAAAGAGUAAGAAAAUUGAUAUACCUGAACUUUCCUCUAGUAUAAAAUAUUUUUUCACAUGUUUAAACACAUAUGUUGAUGUAUUUUAUUUAAAUAAUCGUAUUGGGACAUUGGAUUCUAUAAGAUUUAUAUAUUCUCUUCAUAUCGCAAAUCAUAUUACCAAAUCAUCAACCAAGAGUUCAUCGAAUAAGAGUUCAAUGAAUAAAAGUUCAUUGAAUAAGAGUUCAUUGAAUAAAUGUACAAUGAAUAAGAGUUCGAGAAAUGAGGAAUCUGAUGUAGAUGAAAGAACUGAAGGUUUUACAAGACCUAAAGUUCUUAUAAUUUGUGGUUUAAGAUGUAUAGCCAAAGAUAUAAUAACAAAUUUACUUAAAAUUAUACCAACAUCUAAAUCAUCUAAGUACAGUAGUCAGUUAGAGUCCACUGUAGUUAAGUACAGUCUACACUACCCUAUAAAUAAGAAUUUGGAAAGAUUUGAAAUGGAAUUUUCAUUGAGUGAUGAAGAUUUGAAAGAACAAAAUGAAUCAUAUUUGAAAACAAAAAAGGCUAAAGAUUAUGUGAUGACAUUUAGUGGAAAUCAAGAUGAUGCAUUUAAAAUAGGAAUACGUUAUGAAUCAGGACUAUUGAAUUUAUAUACACCGUUUUAUUCAAGUGAUAUUAUCAUUGCCUCACCAUUAGGAUUAAGACCACUAAUUAACGAACCUGAUUAUGAUUUCUUGUCUUCUAUUGAAAUUCUUUUAAUUGAUCGAAUAGAUAUUAUCAAAUUUCAAAAUUGGAAAUUAUUUCUUGACUUAUUCAAUGUAAUAUUUAGUUACGGUGCUUGCUCCUGUAGUAGGGUACUAUUAUUACUAGUAGUCUAUAGUAGAGUAAUAGAUACUAGGUACUUAAAGGGUAUUAAGGUACUUAAGGGCUAUUUAGGGGUAUUAGGUAUAUUAGGUAUACCGGUAUAUAGUAUUAGUAGGUACUUAAGGGCUACUAGGUAUAGUACUAGGGUUAUUUACCUAUUUAAGGGGUACUUAGUAAUAAAUAAGCCAUUAUUGAAAUGGAGAGAUGGUGAUAUAAAUAAGAUAAGAAUGAGUAUAAUAGAUGGACAAAUAGAAGAGUAUAGACAGAAUAUAAUAAUAUCAAGUUCAAGAAGUGUAAUUUUUAAUUCAUUUUUCAAAAAUUUGAAAAACAAAAGAGGAUCCAUACGAUUAUUUAUACCAAAUAAUUUUAAUUAUAUACAAUUAGCAUCAAAAUUCAAUAUACAACAAUUAUUCAUUAAAGUACCAUCAAAUAAUAUUAAAAAUUCACAUACGGAUACAAUAAAAUAUUUUAUGGAGAAUAUGUUACCAAAUUUGGAAGAUAUUAAUGGAAUCUUAAUAAUAUUAUCAGAUUAUACACAAUAUUUCAGUAUAUCUAAAAAAUUAAAAGGAACAAAUGUACAAUAUUUAACAUGUCUAGAAUCUAAUACACCAAAACAAAUGAAAUUUGCAAGACAACAAUUUCAAUCAAAGAAUAUACCAAUAUUAAUAACAACAAUAAGAUUAUUAUUUUUUAAAAGAUAUUUGUUUAAAGGAACAUCGAAAAUAUUUUUAUUAGAACCACCAGAAUAUGUACAAAUAUAUAAAGAUUUAAUAAGAAUGUUAGAUGAAAAUAGAAAUAAUACAAUAAUAUGUUAUUAUACAAAUUAUCAUGCUAUUGUACUUGAACCAAUUGUAGGAUCAAAUAAUAUAUCCAAAUUAAUUAAUGCUCCAAAUACUAAAAUUACACAAUUCAAUUAA